AUGGCGGACAGCUCCGCUACACUGCAAAUUACUGCUGUCCACGCGGAUGUCGCGCUGGGGAGCUCACCCAUGCGGCAACAGCGGGCAGCUCUAGAUGCAUGUCGUGCUUUGGGCGGACGGGUACACGGUCGAUCUCUUGCUCCAGGCCAACACCAACACCAUCUGGACUCUGACACGGUGUUACUGUCCUCUAUACUCCAGACCAGCUCUGCGCAGGCCUGGGUGUCUAUUGCGUUUCGGUAUCCGCGUUACCCACCCCUCCGCAUAGGCACCGUGCUCUGGACUUCGGAUCCAUCCCCACACGCAUCGAUAAGCAACCGAUGUCGCGAUACGGGUUACAUAUCGAUAUGCCAGCGCUCGGACAGCGGUGCAGCGAGACCUCAACGCGGGGUACAUGUAUGCGAUGCCACCUCCGCUGCCCGCUCGCUUGCGGUGUCGCGACCCAGGCCUCAGAUCUACAAUGUACUGCGCAGUCUCAGCCUGGGACAUGCAUCGGACUUGAUGUACCCAAUUUCCAUUUCCCACUUCGAGCAACGACACGUUGUUUCUGGAUAUGACAGAUGCGAAAUGCGGACGGUGAUUGGGGCUUACGAGGCGGAUUCUCACGGUCACAUUCUGGUGAGCGGCGCCCCGAAUGUGCUUCUGCGGAGCAAGACAGUCCGCUGCGCAGGCGGGAGCGGGCGUGGAGAUCGAUUCCGUGGGGGCGACAGUCCCGCGGCGCGGAGUGCGUCUUCGCGUUUCUGCCCUAGACAAUUACUCACUUGCAACGCAUGCACUCUUACUGUCAGCGUUCCAUUUCACAGACGCAGCCCCAGCAUUUGCAUUCCAUUGUCUUCAGGGUUGAUGACAGUAUCACGGAACUUACUAUGCUAUUCCACCCCCCAACAAAAGCAUCCCCAUGGCGGUGAGGCCUCAUGA